AUGUACAAAGCCCCCGGGGUGUUCGGGGGUCCCUCUCUGUGUCCCCAGGGCUCUUUGAGGGGUCCCUUUGUGUCUCCCCCCCCCCCCCCCCCCGCUUUGGGGACACCCCCCGAGCCUCCCCCGCCCACUGCGCUCCGAGGGGCGCAGCCCCACAGGCCCCGCCUCCUAACGCAGCCCGCAUUUUCAUUGGUUGCCCGUGCUGUCAAUCGCUCCCCACGGCCAACAAACGCGGGGAACUCUCCCUCCCGCCUCUUCGGGUAUCUCGCCCUCCCAUUGGCUGCCCUUGCUGUCAAUCUGAGCGCCAUGUUCCUGCCCACCAGCCCGCUCUGGGCGGGGUCGGGCCAGGCCGCUCCGGUCCUUUGUGUCUGCGAGCGGCGGGCGGGGGGCCGGCCCCGGCUCGGGGGGGUGCGGGAGGGACCCCCAGAUCCACAUCGCGAUAUUCGGGGGGUGGGGGUCACGACACAUCCCGGCAGGAUGGAGCCCCCCCCUCCCCGGCCGCGACCCCCGGAGGGCAGCCCGGAGCGGGGAGGGGACGCUGCGGGAUGGACUCCCCGGAGCCUCGUCCCGGCCCUUCCCGCUGUUCCCGGCGGAGGCUCCGGCGGUGCCGGUACCGAGCUGCGGCGGCUGCGGUUCCGGCAGUUCCGCUACCAGGAGGCGGCGGGGCCCCGGGACGUGUGGCGGAGGCUGCGGGAGCUGUCGCGGCGGUGGCUGCGGCCCGAGGAACGCAGCAAGGAGCAGAUCAUGGAGCUGCUGGUGCUCGAGCAGUUCCUGAGCAUCCUGCCCGAGGACAUCCAGAGCUGGGUGUGGGUCCGGCACCCCGAGUCCUGUGCGCAGGCUGUGGCCUUGGCCGAGAGCUUCCAGAUGGGGCGAGGAGAUCCCGACGGGAUUUGGGAGCAGCAGGUGACUGUGCGGGUGAAGGUGGAGGAUGUGGCCCCCGCAGAUGAGGAGGACCCUGGAGCUUUGGGGGUUCCGCCAAGUCCCCCUUUGGAGUCCCCCCGGUCGGAGACUUCUCCGGGCAAGGAGAAGGCAAUGGCAGCCGAGGAAGGGGAACCACGGGAAGGAGGUCCCACCGUGGCCACAGAGCUGCCCCUUCCCCAAGCCCAACACCCGCAGAGCGUCCGGAGAGGAACCUCCCGGCGCCAAACCCAGCAGGACCCCACUGGCUCCAAGCCCACGGCGGAUGCCGCGAGCGCGGCGAAGGCGCCGGCGCGGCCGUACCCCUGCGGUCAGUGCGGGAAGACCUUCGGCCGGCUGACCCACCUGAAGACCCACGAGCGGACGCACACGGGGGUGAAGCCGUAUGGCUGCGGCGCCUGCGGCAAACGCUUCGGCCACCUGUCCACGCUGACCACGCACCGGCGGCUGCACACCGGCGAGCGGCCGUACGGCUGCAGCGCCUGCGGGAAGAGCUUCACCAACCCCUCGGACCUCAACAAGCACCAGCGCUCGCACACAGGAGAGCGGCCGUACCCGUGCCCGGCCUGCGGCAAGCGCUUCAGCCAGCAGUCCAACCUGACCAUGCACCGGCGCAGCCACACCCAGGAGAGGCCCUACCCCUGCCAGACGUGCGGCAAGAGCUUCAAGUACCUGGCGGACCUGACGGUGCACGAGCGCUCCCACACUGGAGAGCGGCCUUUCCCCUGCAGCCACUGCGGCAAGAGCUUCAGUAACAAGUCCUCGCUGGCCCGGCACACGCGGAUCCACGCCCGGGUGGCGGCCAGGGACAAGUGACGGCGGGCAGGGGGCGUUGGUGGCCGUGGGGGGGGU